ACACCGUAAAUGCAGCGGGUUGGUUGAACGCACAGUCACGCGGGAAGGCUGGGUGCAGCAGUGGCCACCUGGAAGCCUGCUCUCCAGCCAGUACGACGCUGGAACGAGACAGCGUUGUUGUCAUGUAGUGCGCUGACAGAGUCAGAGUGCUUUCUCCUCUCCGUGGAUCCCCUUUACUUUCUGUGCCUUAUAAGCACAAAAUUAGAAGUGAAACGCACGGACUCUCGGGCAUCCGCCGAGCACUUGAAGUGGGGGGAGAUGCGAUGUCAUGCAAAGAAGAAGACCACUGUGUUGGCAGUGCUGCUUUUCUGUUGGGGAUUGUACUUCAUAAGCCAUCUGGAUUUCAUCACUGAUAGGUCACAUGAGCCAAGUCCUUAUGAAUUGUCCUGGCAAGCAGAGAGGCUGGUUAGUAAGGAGUCCUGGGUCGAACAGGGAGAUUACCUGCCUCUCAAUGUGUCCUAUCAGCUGCUCGCUGGAGCACCAUCUACCCAACAGAGGUAUUUAUCGGUUGGAUUGUCAUCGGUAAAGAGGCAGAAGGGCAGCUAUCUAGUCCCCACCUUGCAGUCCCUCUUCUCCCACUUGUCUCCUGAAGAGUGCUCCUCCAUUGUGGUGGUAGUGCUGUUGGCAGAUUUCGAUGUCACCUGGAGAAUCACUACAGUGACGGAGAUCAAAACUAAAUUUGCCUUGCAGCUGGAACAAGGCCAGCUGGUGGUCCUUCAUGUUACUCAGGAUUUGUACCCUCCUCUUACAGGUCUAAAGAGGAACUUCAACGAUGCCUCAGAAAGGGUUUCCUUCCGCUCCAAGCAGAAUGUGGAUUACUCCUUCCUGAUCCACUACAGUGCUAAUCUUGCACAGUACUACCUCCAGCUGGAAGACGAUGUCUUCGCUGCAAAAAACUUCCUAACCACCAUCAAGAGGCACGUUGAGGAGCAGGAGGCAAAGAAGACCACAUGGGCGAUGCUGGAAUUCUCAGCCCUUGGCUACAUCGGGAAACUCUACAGAUCAGCCCACCUUCCUCUCCUGGCCCGCUUCCUCUUCCUCUUCUACCAGGAGAUGCCCUGCGACUGGUUGAUGUCUCACUUCCGAGUGCUACUGACUCAGAAAGAGCCAAUCCUCAUUAAACCUUCACUGUUCCAACACAUGGGCACUUUCUCAUCAUUCCAUGGGAUGUACAACAAGCUGAAGGACAGUGACUUUGAGGAGGGCCUAUACACCAAUCCUUCAGCUGAAGUUUACACUGAUAUGUCCCCCUACAAGAAACACUUCCCCAAAAUGGCUUGGGAAGCAGGGGAGGGAUUCUUCUGGGGACGCUCCCCAGAAAAAGGGAAUUACCUGACUGUGGUGUUCGCACAGCCGACAGUGGUGACAGGAAUAUUUAUAGAAACGGGAUCAGGGGGCAAAGACCUUCUGGAGUCGGCUCAGGUGGAGUUAGGCCACGACGUGUUUACCACUUAUUCAGAGGACAAGAGUUGUAAAGAGUUCCAGUCAGUAGGAAUGUUAAACAAUGGGAGGUUUGAGAUUAAGGAGUUGGACAAAAAGUAUAUGUCUGCCUCUUCCUGUCUGAGGAUACAGAUCACAGCUGGGCAGAAGGACUGGGUGAUCAUUAACAAAAUCAGGAUCACACACCGAGCAGAGAUAUGAAUUUUUCUUCCUGCAAGAAUAAGAAUUUGUUCUGAUCUGCUGGAUCUUGUAUUCAGAUGUGACUUUUGUGCCUUGUUAAACCACUGAACUGAUGAAGCAACAGUCCAGUGCUUAAUGAAACUGUGCAAAACUACAGUAUAUGAAUCAAAUACUACCCGGCUCUGAUGAUAAUGCCUAUUCAACAUAAUGAAGCUAUUUGCAAUGAUAGCAACAAGCAAGCAACCAUGUGUUAUAAAUGAUAAUGCCUAUAAGUAAAUGCAUUAUGAUUCAGAUUGGCAGUUUACAAUGCACACACACACAAGUAUGUAUUGUCAGUUUUUUAAAUGUUGAGAUCUGGUGGAGUGAGUAACUCAUAGAAAUUCAUGUGGUUUUAUGAUUCAUGGGGGCAGUGGCAUUCUGUUUGUGCUGUGGUUUAUUUGUCAACAUAUGGAAGAUAAACUAUCAUGAAUCAGAAUACACACAUUAGUAUGUGCACUUGG